AUGAGCGCUCAGGCAGGUCAAUCUUUCGCUCACUCGACUGCACCCAUCCGCCCCGUGCGCGAGGUGCAGUUCGGUAUUCUGAGUCCCGAAGAGAUUCGAGCCAUUUCGGUGUGCAAAGUCGAGAUCCCCGAAAUCAAAGAUGAAGCUGGAAAGCCAAGGAUCGGCGGCCUCUCGGAUCCGCGCCUCGGUACGCUCGAUAGGAAUUACAAGUGUCAGACCUGCGGUGAAGGCCACCAAGAGUGUCCAGGCCAUUUCGGUCACAUUGACCUUGCCAAACCCGUCUUUCACAUUGGCUACCUCGGCAAGGUCAAAAAAAUCCUCGAGUGCGUCUGCUUCCACUGCGGUAAGCUCAAGGCCGACACCGUCACAGAUCCCGUCUUUGACCAAAUCGUUAAGGCCACCCGCGGCAGCAAAAAGCGUCGCUUCCAGCGCGUUUGGGAGUACUGCUCCAAGAAGAUGAUCUGCGAAGCUGACGAUCCCAAGGAUGAAGACGAGAUGGGCUUUGACGAGCAGAACAAGCCCGGUCACGGUGGAUGCGGUCGUGUACAGCCCAACAUUCGUCGCGAGGGCCUCAAAUUGUUCACCCAGUGGAAAAAGGGCAAGGGCGAGGACGAGGACGGCGAGGAGAACGCCAUCGCUCAAGCCGAAAAGCGACCCCUGCCCGCUUCCGAAGCACACACCAUCCUAAAAAAGAUGUCGAGUCAUGACAUUGCCGUUCUUGGUCUGUCCGAAGAAAACGCCCGCCCCGACUGGAUGGUCCUCACCGUACUUCCCGUCCCGCCACCGCCCGUCCGUCCCUCGGUGCAAGAUGGAGGCGAGGACGAUUUGACAUACAAGCUCGCCGAUGUCAUCCGUGCCAACGCUACACUCAAAAAAAUGGAACAAGAAGGAACUCCGGCGCACAUCUUGGCCGACUUUGAGCAGCUUCUCCAGUUCCACUGCGCCACCUUUAUGGACAACGACAUUGCUGGCCAGCCUCAGGCGAUGCAGUCGAGCGGCAGACCCAUCAAGUCGAUCCGCGCGCGUCUAAAGGGAAAGGAGGGUCGACUGCGUGGAAACCUGAUGGGUAAACGUGUCAACUUUUCGGCACGAACCGUCAUCACUGGUGACCCGCUUCUGGAGCUCGACGAGGUCGGUGUACCCAAGUCGAUCGCCCGCAAUCUCACCUAUCCCGAGCGUGUCACUCCUUACAACAGGGCCUGGCUCUCCGAAUUGGUGCGUAACGGUCCCAACGACUAUCCUGGUGCCAAGUACGUCAUCCGCGACACAGGCGAGCGCAUCGACCUCAAGUACAACCGACGCAGCGACAUGGCGCUACAGCCCGGUUGGAUCGUCGAGCGCCACCUCAAGGAUGGAGAUUACAUCCUCUUCAACCGUCAGCCAUCUUUGCACAAGAUGUCAAUGAUGUCGCAUCGCAUCAAGCUCAUGGACUACUCCACCUUCCGUCUCAACCUCAGUGUCACGCCUCCCUACAACGCCGACUUUGACGGUGACGAGAUGAACUUGCACGUGCCACAGAGUGAAGAGACCCGUGCCGAGCUCUCGCAGAUCGCCUGGGUCCCGCGCCAGAUUGUCUCGCCUCAGGCCAACAAGCCCGUCAUGGGCAUUGUGCAGGACACGCUCUGCGGUAUCCGCAAGUUUUCCCUGCGAGACUGCCUCCUCGACUAUCAACAGGUACAGCAGGUUCUGCUCUGGGUCGCCGAUUGGGAUGGCGUGGUGCCCAUGCCGUGCAUCCUCAAGCCCAAGCCGUACUGGUCCGGAAAGCAGAUCCUGUCCAUGUGCAUCCCUAAAGGUAUCAACGUCUUCUUGGACAAGGACAAGGGUCUGAAGAACAAUUUCCUCAAAGACGACGGUGUCUAUAUCGAAAAUGGUGAGAUCAUGUACGGUGUCAUCAACAAAAAAGUCGUCGGCGCCUCGGCCGGUGGUCUCAUCCACAUUAUCUUCCGAGAAAAAGGUCCCGUCGUCUGCAAGCGCUUCUUCUCUGGUGUGCAGCGCGUCGUCAACUUCUGGCUUUUGCACAACGGUUUCUCCAUCGGUAUCGGAGACACGGUCGCCGACAAGGCCACCACAGACAGCAUCAACCAGACCAUCGCUGCCGCCAAGGCGGCCGUCAUGGACUACAUCAAGUAUGCAAGGCACGACUGGCUCAAGGUCGAGGCUGGUAUGACGUUGCGAGAGUCGUUCGAAGCCAACGUCAACCGUGUGCUCAACCAGGCGCGUGACGACGUCGGCAACCAUGCCGAAACAAGCUUGCCCGACUUUAACAACGUUAAACAGAUGGUGGUCUCUGGAUCCAAGGGCUCCUUUAUCAACAUCUCGCAGAUGUCAGCCUGUGUCGGCCAGCAGUCGGUCGAGGGUAAACGUAUUCCGUUCGGUUUCCGCCAUCGCAGUCUGCCGCAUUUCACCAAGGACGACUUCACUCCCGAGUCUCGCGGUUUCGUCGAAAACUCGUACCUCCGAGGUCUCACGGCUCAAGAGUUCUUCUUUCACGCCAUGGCUGGUCGAGAAGGUCUCAUUGAUACAGCUGUCAAGACCGCCGAGACGGGUUACAUUCAGCGUCGUUUGGUCAAGGCGCUUGAGGAUGUGAUGGUCUGCUACGACGGCACCGUCCGAAACUCUACCAACAACGUCAUCCAGUUUGCCUACGGUGAAGACGGCAUCGACGGUGCCCAGGUCGAGACGCAGACGCUCUUGACACUGAAGCUCAACGAUGCCGAUUUCCGCCACAUGUUCCGUGUCGACUUGCACGAUGGCGGCUUCAAGAAGGGCACGCUUCGUCCCGGUCUCGGUGACUGGUCACAAGAGCUACAGGACCUCCUUGACGAGGAAUUUGCCCAGCUCGAGUUCGACCGUAACCUGCUCCGUCACGAGAUCUUCCAGUCCGAUCAGGUGCAAGUUCGUCUGCCCAUGAACGUGGCCCGUCUGGUGCUCAACGCGCAGCAGAUCUUCCACGUCGACCCGCGAAAACCGACGGAUCUCUCGCCCGCCGAGGUCAUCAUCGGCCUGCGCAAUGUGCUUGACCGCCUGAUUGUCAUUCGCGGCGACGAUCCUAUCUCACGCGAGGCCCAGAUGAACGCGACGCUGCUCUUCAAGAUUCACCUGCGUUCUUACCUUUGCUCCAAGAUGGUCAUCGAGCAACACCACAUCAACAAGGAGGCUUGGGAAUGGAUCCUUGGCGAGAUUGAGGGCCAAUUUGCCCGUUCGGUGGCCAACCCAGGUGAGAUGUGCGGCACCCUGGCUGCACAGAGUAUCGGAGAGCCCGCCACUCAGAUGACGCUCAACACGUUCCACUAUGCCGGUGUGUCGAGUAAGAACGUCACGCUCGGUGUGCCGCGUCUCAAGGAGAUCAUCAAUUGUGCCGAAAACAUCAAGACACCUUCGGUGACGGUCUACCUGACCGAGCAGUACAGCCAGUCACAGGAAUCGGCCAAGGUGAUCCAAACCGCGCUGGCGCACACGACCCUGCAAACGGUCACCUCGGCUGUCGAGGUCCACUACGACCCGGAUCCGUCGGCUACUGUGAUUGAAGAGGACAAGGAUUUCGUCGAAGCCUUCUUUGCGAUUCCAGACGAGGAGGUCGAGGCGAGUCUGGAGCGUCAAUCGCCGUGGCUCUUGCGACUGGAGCUCGACCGUGCCCAGAUGCUCGACAAGAACCUCACCAUGGCUGAUGUGGCUUCCAAGAUCAGCGCCAUGUUUGGACAGGAUAUCUUUGUGAUGCAUUCAGAAGAUAACGCCGAAAACCUCAUUCUGCGUAUCCGUGUGGUCGACAAUGACCCCGAGAAGGAGGCUCAGGGAGAAGAGGAGAUCUUCCUCAAGAAUCUUGCCUCGCAGAUGCUGGCCGAGAUCGACCUGAAAGGUAUCAAGGGUAUCAGGAAGGUCUACAUUGUGCAACAAGACAACAAGACGCGGCGCGUCGACCCCAUCACCGGUGAUUGGCGCACCGUGUCCGAAUGGGUGCUUGAGACCGACGGAAGCAACCUCGCCGAGGUGCUCGCGGUUGAAGGUGUUGACGCCAUCCGAACCAGCUGCAACAACCCAGUCGAGGUGUUCCGCGUUUUUGGUAUCGAGGCUGCGCGAAACUCGCUGCUUCGGGAGACGCGUGCGGUCAUCGAGUUUGACGGUUCGUACGUCAACUACCGUCACUUGGCGUUGCUCUGCGAUAUCAUGACGAGCCAGGGUGCCUUGAUGGCCAUCACUCGUCACGGUAUCAACCGAACCAACCAGGGUGCUCUGAUGCGCUGUACGUUCGAAGAGACUGUCGAACUGUUGAUCGAGGCAGCGUCGAUGGGUGACGUCGACGACUGUAAGGGUGUUGCGCAGAAUGUAUUGCUGGGCCAGAUGGCGCCCAUGGGUACGGGCGCGUUCGACCUCAACUUGGAUCUAGAAAUGCUCAAAGACACCAUUGUCAACCACGCGCUGCCGUACGACACGUUGCUGGCCUCUCGUUCCCUCGACGCGGCCGGUGGCAAGACACCAGGAGCCAUGACACCGUACGAUUCGAGCUCGCCAGCGUCGGACGAUGCCUUCCGCGUGCACGAGCAGGCCAUGUUCAGUCCACUUGCGCAGACGGGUGGCGACGAAGGAGGCUACAACGACUAUCUGUUGUCCGGAACGAGUCCCAUGCGCACGCCGUUGGGAGCACAGAGUCCUGCCGGAUAUGGGUUUUCGCCUGUCUCGCCUGGCUACGUGCCCACUUCGCCUGGUUAUGCCACAUCGCCUGCCGGCGCUCUGGGCGGCAUGAGUCCGUGGACAGGCAACAUGGGCGCCACUUCACCAGCCUACAGCCCCACUUCGCCGCGCAUCUUUGGCGGAGCCACGAGUCCAUCCUACUCGCCCACCUCGCCGAGCUACAGUCCGGCAUCGCCCAACUACUCGCCUUCGAGUCCGGCAGGUGCAGGCUAUUCGCCUUCGAGUCCAGCGGGUCGGUAUGGUGCGGCGACGAGUCCUCAGUACUCGCCUGCUUCGCCCAAGUUUUCGCCGACGAGCCCCAACUACAGCCCUGCCAGUCCAGCGUACACGCCGACUUCGCCGGUGUACUCGCCGACGUCGCCUGCUAUGGCGGGUCGAGGCGGUGGCAAGGGAUUCAGUCCGACGUCGCCGGCUUACUCGCCGACGUCGCCGCAGUAUUCGCCUGCUUCGCCUGCGUUCUCGCCCACUUCGCCACAGUACUCGCCGGCGUCACCUCAGUACUCGCCGACAUCGCCGCAGUAUUCACCGACGAGUCCGGCGAUGGGGAUGGGCGGCGCGUCGGCGGGAGGUCCUGGAGCAGCUGCGGCAUCACUGCGUCGCAGUCGCAUGUCAAACAAGCCGGCUUGGCAGCGUUGA